AGGGCGUGACGUCACAGCUGUCACUGUGGCAGGUCUUCUGUGUCUGUGUUCGCUCGCGACUCGUCCGCCUCUUCAGCCGGUUUUGUCUCCUGUCGAACGGCAGCAAAGAAACACGCACGGCGCAAAGGAUCGCAUCGAGCUGCUUUCCCCAGCGUGCUGCAAUGGCCGACCCGAAGUACGCAAACCUUCCGGGCAUCGCCUCCAAUGAGCCUGAUGUCUAUGAGACGAGUGAUCUGCCCGAGGACGAUCAGGCGCAGUUCGAGUCGGAGCUGGAGGAGCUGUGCAGCGACAGCGUGGAGCGGAUCGUCGUCAAUCCCAACGCCGCCUACGACAAGUUCAAAGACAAACACGUCAGCGCCAAGGGUUUGGAUUUCUCGGACCGCAUCAGUAAGAGUCGCAGGGUGGGCUAUGAGUCUGGAGAGUUUGAGCUGUUAGCCGAGGGAUGCGGCGUGAAGGAGACUCCUCAGCAGAAAUAUCAGCGGCUGGUUAACGAGAUUCACGAGCUCUGCCAGGAUGUGGAGCGUAUUCAGGUCACGACUAAAGAGAGCAGCUCAGAGGAGCGUCUGACCCCGGUGGCUCUGGCUCAGCAGGCGGCGCUCCUCAAGCAGCAGCUGGUCUCGGCUCACCUGGACUCUCUGCGACCCGACGCUCACAUCAACCUCACGGACCCCGACGGAGCGCUCGCCAAGCGGCUGCUGACUCAGCUGGAGGUGGCCCGGGGCGUGAGGAGCGGAGCGGCCGGAGAGAGCAAGACACCGGCGCCCAAAGGACCGGACGGAGUCAUCCUCUACGAGCUCCACAGCCGACCGGAGCAGGAGAAGUUCACCGAGUCCGCUAAAGUGGCCGAGCUGGAGAGACGGCUGGCCGAGCUGGAGACGGCGCUGGGGUCCGGUUCAGAGAAACAGGGUCCGCUCAGCGCCGGGGUUCAGGGAGGCAGUCUGAUGGACACCAUCGAGCUGCUGCAGGCCCGGGUCAGUGCGCUGGACGCCGCCACGCUGGACCAGGUGGAGGCCAGGCUGCAGAGCGUUCUGGGUAAGAUGAACGAGAUCGCCAAGCACAAGGCGGCCAUCGAGGACGCAGAGACACAGAACAAGGUGUCCCAGCUGUACGAGGUGGUUCAGAAGUGGGACGCGAUGGCCUCGUCUCUUCCUCAGGUGGUUCAGAGGCUGCUGGCCGUCAGAGAGCUUCACGAGCAGGCGAUGCAGUUCGGUCAGCUCCUGACUCAUCUGGACACAACUCAGCAGAUGAUCAACAACUCUCUGAAGGACAACAGCACUCUUCUCACGCAGGUCCAGCAGACCAUGAAGGAGAACCUGCUGUCUGUGGAGGAGAACUUCGCCGCGCUGGACCAGAGGAUGAAGAAGCUCUCCAAAUAAAGCGCUGGUCUGCGAGGAGCCCGUUAGAGUCCUGCUCUGUUUCUUUAGUUUUUCUGCCGAGUCGAGACCAGACGUUCCCACACUACAGCACCUCCUACAGCUUCAGCGUUCAGACGCUCUCCAUCGUGAUCCACAGGACUUUGUUUUGAAGGCGAGGAGACGGUGUGUGUGUGUAAAUACAGGCUCAUCUGUACGCUUCUAACCGUUAUUGUAUUAUUAAUGUGUGGCGCCGAGUCCACCAGUUAUGAGCAUUUUCCAAUAUAGAAUUUCAAAUGCAUCUCUGGAUAAUAAAAUGCUGCCAGAAA